AGUAGUAAAGCGUGUUGUGGGUCUCUAUGGCGACGGGGUCUAUUAAAGCUUGCAGGACUGUAAAGGGACUUGAAGUGGAUUAUGUGCACAGGUGCUGCUGCUCAGACAGCCACGCACUAAAUGUGGGGCAGUUACAUGGACUGAGAUUCAUCACAGAACCAGACCGGAUGUGUCACAGUUUCAUCGUUUUUAACGACGAAAGAACCAGCCGCUGUGGUCGAUGAUGAGUGAAAUAGUGUCUACAAAGUCCUUGGAGGAAUAUGAGGAUGACUUUGAGAAGGAUCUGGACUGGCUGAUCAGUGAGGAGGGACGCCGUGAGGACCAGGGUCCAAACUAUGAAGAUAUAGAGGCAGAAAUUGACAAAGAACUGGCACAGGAUGAGAAGCAGAAAGAUAAGAAAAAGGAGAGGAGAGGCAGCAAAAGUGAUGAGCAGAAGGAGGAUGAGGAGAGGUGGCCCUCACCUAUGGAGCCGCUGGAAUAUGACUCUGACAGAGACAGCCCAAACAGUAAAGCCUCACCUAUAAUCCCACCUCCACCAGGGACAGACCAGCAGACAGAUGAGGAGAAGAAGUACAUACUGGAGAAGAUCCAGCGGGCUAAUCGGGAGCUACUGGACCAGGAGGCUCCAGAUACAACACGGCGCAGACGGUUGCAUUUCAAAGAGACGCUGGUUGACCUGGUCGUUCCUCCUCUGCAAUUUGAGAAAGACGCUGCAUCCAACAGUGAGCAGGUGGAGGUGGCAAAGAGCAGUAGCAGCAAGGACAAAACUAAGAAAGCCCAGGUUGAGAGAGAAGUAUCAGGGAAACUGUCUGAGCUGAAACUGUCUCCACAUGAGGACAGUGUCCAACUGUCAGGUGGAGGAUUCAGUGAUGGAGGUCCGGAGGGAAAGGAGGGCAGAGUCCUCGUAGAGAAGGACGGUAAGUUUGACCUGGUCAGCCUGAAAGAGGUGGAAAGUCAGGGGCUCCUCCCUCCGAUAUCAAACAGCCACGACAGCGCAGCAUGUACCCAGGACCACACUGGGAGUUCCAGCAAGAUCCACCAUUCCUCCUCUUCUCCUUGCCACUCUGCCACCUUCUCCCCGGCCUCCCAGAGGAGCGGUGGUAAAGUCAGUGCCCCCAGGCCUCCGUCCCUGCCCAGGCCCAGGCCCAGCUCAGCCAGCCACAGUUUAAGAGGGAACCAUUCGAGGAACGCCAAGAGACGGGUACAGUCGGCCACCGAGACACCCUCUCAGGCCACCUACACCCUGACCCCCCAGCAGAAAGAACUGCUGCAGAAGAUCCAGGAGAGGAAGGAGAAGAUGGCCAGAGAGGCAGAGCAGAGAAAACAUGAGGAAGAAGAGCAGAAGAGACAAGAAAAUGAGCUGGCCUUCAAGGCAUGGCUGUUGAGGAAAAGAGACCAACUUCAGGAGGAGAGAAGGAUCCACAGAGCCCAGGAAAUGGAGAGGAUGAGCUCUAAGAAGGACCCCAGUGACCCUGGGGGGGCGUUCAAACUGUGGCUACAGAGGAAACAGGAGCAGCAGCAGAAGGAGAAGCAGCUGGUGGAGCUGAAGAGGUUGGAGGAGGACAGCGGUUACCUCUUGCACAGCCCAGAGGAGUGUGAGCGCGCUUUCAAACUGUGGCUGAAGAGGAAACGGGCAGAGAAGCGAGCGGAACAGCAGGCAGCUCGAGAGCACUCCCGCAGGCUGGUGCUUGAGGAGCGGCGGGCGCGACGCAUACGUGACCUCAUGUGUACAGUCAAUGAAGCCAAGGUCUUCAGGUUCAAUGAACAGCUGGCGUACCGCUACUAGACACAACCACACAACCACAUGGCCUUUGGAUUCAUAGACUUCACCAAAAGACCCACGAUAAGAAGAAAUAAACAAAGAAAAAGAUUCCAUUCUGAUGCUCAACAUCUCAGAUGAUUUCUUUAGACCAAAGACUAACAACAUGAUGUGUUGGUGCAUAGUUUAUUCUGUGUUCUCCUCUUUCAUUUCUAUUCAGUUCCCUGUUCAUGUGAUCUGUUUUUUCAUCUUUUUUUCAGAGCUUUACCUCAGUCCAUGUAUCGAUGUAGACGGGUAUUUAUAGAAACAGAUAUUUCCCCACCUCUGUUUUCAAAUUUAACAGCACAAACACCAGAUCAUUUUCAGAAAAAUUUUCAUAGUUUCCGAAGAGCGCCGUCAUGGGGUUAGGAUGAACAAAGGUCACACAAAUGAUGGUCUUUUUUUUUUGUCACAUACUGUGAUGUUUGGGAACCCUAAAAUUCAGUUUCCCCCUGUAUACAUACAGAAAAAGUUUUCCAAAAUCGUCACUUUGCUGGAGUUUUCAGAGAUCAUUGUUAGCAGUGACGUAAACAGGAGUUUUUAUGUGGAUGAAAGAAGAGAAAAUAUUUGUUUUUCCAGAUACAUACUUUUUUCUGAAUGAAACUGUUUUAUUAUUAAUAGUCAAAACACAUGACUAAUAUAUGCUACUAACAUUGUUGACUGAUGAGCACCUCGGGAUAAGGCAAUAGCAAACGAAAACAAAAAAUACACAGUUCAACAAUACAUAGUUAGAAAGGUAAUAAAGUCUAGUUUACCUGUAGCCAAAUGUACAACUGUAAGCAUCACCCAAGUUUUCUAUUGUUAACUAAAAAAAAACAUAUUAUUAUGAGUGAAUGUUUUGUCCUCUUAGCUGUUACUUUACAAUUAAUGUCCUUAACUGUUAACAGGCAGAAUAAGUUUGUUUAAUGUUAUCCAUUAGCUUAUGGUAUGCUAAUUGGUUACAUGAAACAAUUAUUUUUACCUGUUCAGAGCAAAUUUGACUGAUUAUUAGCUAAACUGUCCAAUUGCAAGUGUUUGCCUGUUAGUCAUUAUCUUACCAGUACACAACAACUGUGUGUUUUUCGAGUUUUUAACACUGACUGAAUGUAAACACAUAUUUUUACAAAGUGUUUAUGGCUUUCACAGCAGUCAAGCUGAACACACAAUGACUGAACAUUUUCCAUCUAAGACAUGGAAAAGGCUGAUCUUAUUCUGGUUUUGUGUGAAUUUGUUGGACUUGUGCACAUUUGUGGGCUUUACAACAGACUGAGACACGAGGCCCUUUUUUUUUUAUACAGUUAGUUGACAUAGAGACAAAGAUCCUCUCUCAUAGAGAUGGAUGCUUCAAAGAAAACUCCAUAUUUUUGAUCAGAAUGAUAAACGUUAUGAUAGAGGAUGUUUUUAGAGAUCCUUUCAAGACGGUGUUUGAAGGAUUCUAAGGCUGAGGCUAAGGUCACAGUGGAAGAUUCUGCAAAAACAUUUAAUUGGGUUUUACAUGCUUGUAGUGGAAGAUUAAUUUUCAGCAGCCAUGUUAACAGCUUAUAACUAAUUAUCAAUUGACUCAGAAUAAUGGGGAAAAAACCCUGAGUAUUAUGUGCAUGUAAAUCAUCAUCUAUAGGUGUGUUAAAUAAAGUAUUGUUUUUUUUUUUUUUUUUUUUUUUUACUUUUAAUACAGAUUUAUUUUGUAGCAAUGCACUUUACUAUGAAUGUGGCUCUACACAUACUGUUCCUAUAUGCCUUUUGAUAGAGUUACAUAGACUGAAUUUGAUCUAAGAAUACUUGAACAGAUUAACAUUAUAUCUUUUUAAGAUAAUGUACUCUUGUUUGUUUGAAAGACAUAUAAAUGUAUGAUAUGGAAUAGACAGAGCACAAUUUCUGUUUUUCAUACUCGAGGUAUUUUUCAGUGAUUAUAAACAUUAUGUGCUGUUCAAUGUCAAUAAUAAAUAAAAACACACAAGUAUA